AUGACGUCUUUGCAGCAAAGAAUGUUAGCAUUGAAAAAAUCUGGAAAGGUUGGUUAAAAAUAAAAAAGAAAAUUGUGUUUACCAGACAAUUAUUUCUUCAUUUCAUCAAGCUCAAUUUUGCUUUGCUGAAGAUAUUUUUUUUCUGAAAAAAAAAGGUUUUUGAUUUUUCAUAUGAAAAUAAUGAACAAGCUAAAAUUUUGCAAUUUUGAGACAUUUUGAAUUUCAAAUAUUCGUGCCGAAAUUCCACGCAGCAAAAUUUCAAAACUAUAAUUUUUGCGCUAAAAAUCCACGUGGUCAAAUUUUAAUGUUCUGAUUUUUGCGCGUUUCCAUCUAAAAAUCAGUUACUUUGUGAGCUAUUUACUGUAUAAGAACCAACUUUUUUAAACACUGGCUCAAUUUUCUCUGUGCAAUUUUUCGGCAUGGAUUUUGAGAUUUUUGAUUCUUCAUCUGAAAAUUAUUCAUAUUCAUGAAAAUAAAAGGCAGCUGAUUUUUUUCACCAAAAAUCUCAUUUUACUUCGAAAUGUGUCUGAAACGUUGUGCUGUAAGUUUCUGGGAAAAAUAGAAAACCAAGUUUUACGCUCAAAAAAGUAGGCUUGCGCUAAUUAGAUCAUAAAGUUUCCACGAAGUUCGUUAAGUUUUUUUUUAUUUCUUAUCCCACUCCAAAAAUUGUCUUUUUUCCUUUUCCUAGAAACUUUUUCCUCCGCUUUCUAUUUAUUUUUAGAUUUCUAGAAAAAAUGGAUCCGGUAAGUGGAAAAAAUGUUUUGUGAAGUCAUCUGGAAAAACUCGCUCGCUCGGGGCAAAAAAAUCUUCGAAAAAAAAAACAUUUGUGCACAAUUUUUUACUCCCGGAAAUUAUGAAUUAUUGACGAUUUCGGUUUGGUUGUUUAAAAAAAACCACUCAUGUGAAAAUUUACCCAUCUCUCUCUUCAUUUUUCUUUUUUUUCGAAAUAAUUUUGCGCUAAUAACUUAAUGAGAAAUGGAAUUUCUUCGAAAUGAUGUGAGUUUUUGUUUAAAAAAUUCCUUGAACAAACAAUGCCACAAAAUUGCUGAAAUCCCAAUAUCUAUAAUAAAGUGGGCGGGGCUUAGAUCAAUUUUAAUUACAGUAGUUCGCCACGUGGGUUUCAAAAAUUAAAAUUUUCAAAAUUUAGCAACGAGAUUUUCGCGCGAAGUUUAAAUUUCAAAACUUUUUCCUCAUGAAUUUUUUUCCUUCAAAUUAAUUAAUUUAAAUUACAGAAAAUUCAAAUUUUUGAAAAACGAAAUUCAUUAUAAAAAAAAUGAUGUGAGUUUUUUGUUUGCAAAUAAAAAUCCUCUAUUUUUUCCUAUUUUUUUUCAAAAAAAAAUGGAAGAAAAAAGGAAAAACCAAUAUAUUUCUCUUUAGAACAUCUCAUUAUCUUCUUCUUCUUUUUUUCUUCUUGGGUUUUUGUUUUUUUUUUCGCUGUUUUGUGUUAGAAUUUAUUUAUUUAUGACGAAAAAAAUCUAGAUAUGGCACAUUUAUGGGUUCGUUUUUCUUUAUUUUUAUUUAAUUUCAAUGCUUUGGAAAAAACAUGAAAAUUGAAGCGGAGAAUAAUUUUCUACAGUAGUUUGGCUCUUCGCGGUGAGAUCGCCUUUAAUUCAGCUGCAUGAUUUCUCGAGGCUCCGCCCAUUUUCCAGAGACCAUUUCUAUUUUUCUGCAAAUUUGUAGCAUGGUUUUUCUUGGUCCUAUGACGAAAAAAAAGCUACCGUAGAUUUUUUAUAUUUUUCGAUUUUUUGCUUACUACCUUUUUUGUGUUUACCCGAAAAAAAACAAGAAGUACAAAAAACCUCUUGAAUUUUUUUCCCAACGAAAAAAUAUUUCUCUAAAAAUCUACUUAGAAAGCAGAAAAAUCUUGUUGGCUAUAACUCUAAUUUUUCCGAGAAGACUGAAAAACAGUUAAAGAAGAUUAUCUUGUUUUUUGUGUCGAUUUUCCUAUUUUUCCUAUCAUAUUUUUUCGCCUGAAGAGACCAUAAUUUAUUCAAAAAAAAAACGUUUUUUUUUAUUGUCAUGUUGAUUUUUUGACAAGUUUUUUUUGAAAGUUUCUAAUGGGAGGCAAAAAACUUGAGGAAUUAUUCAUCUUUUAUGAUGAAGAAAAACCGGUGAGUUUUAGGUUUUAGAUUUCACAAGGGACUUGCAUUAAUGUUUUGUAGAGAAUUGUUUUUAAUUUUUGCGGCAUCGUCGUUUUUAGCGACUCCAUAGCACUUUGAGAAUCCGUCUUUUGAGAAUUUUGUUAAAGAAGUAAAAAGUAAAAUCUAAUUUUCCACCUUUUCAAAAAACUAAAAACUUUUCCUUUUUUCUUCAAUUUCCAAAAAAGUUGCGCUUUUUCGAUGGCUUUUGGAUUCAAGUUAAGUUUCAAACUGAAAUUUAAUAUAAAUUUCUCGAAAGACAUUUCCGUUUCAAAUGUGUCAAAUGAAAUUAGUUUUUUUUGCUCAAUAUAAUCUCUUUUUUUCCUCUAACUUAUAUGCAACAUUUAUCAAAUAGUCUAUAUGACGAAGAAGACGAUUAUCCAACGGUAAAUAAAAAAAAAUAUCUGAAAAACUGAUAUCAUAAAUAUUUUUCGCUUUUCCCAUUUUUCUAUUUUCAGCCAAAAAAUAACAAUUAGCUAUAAUACCAUUGUGAUUAGAAUUUGUAUGUUAUGUUAUUUUCGAGCUCUCCUAAGAUAGGGUUUCUUUUCACCUGACAGAAAUAUUGAUUUUUUUCUAUUUCUACUCAUUUUAUAUUUCAAAUUUAAUAUGCGCCAAGAAAUGGUCGCGUGGUCAAGUGGUUUUCACUUUUGCAAAGCGUGCACAAGACCCGGGUUCGAGCCCCGCCGCCUGCGCAGAUUUUUGUUUCUGAAAAAAAUCCCCCAAAGUUCCAUUCAAAAAUAAUGUUCAAAAUUUGCAGAUGACAAUGUUGAAUCGCGACGAAUUGGAAAAUGCAGAUUUGUCAGCAUUUCGGCCGGAUGAUCGAACAAAUCUUUUUGACAAAAAAAGUGGAUGGGGAUUUUCAAACAAGUUAGUUUUAUUCUUCCUCUCCUAUUUUUUCCUAUGUUUUCUUGUUCCGUAGAUCAAAAAGAUUGGCAUGUGACGGAACUUUUUGGCCAAGUUCCAAGGGACACAUUUCUCAUAUUUUAGAAAGUUGCAUUUUAAAUUUUAGUUUUUUUUAGAAAAAGGAAGAAAAUCGAUUUUUUUUCCUUUUUCAAAAUUUGAAAUAAACAACCCUCAAUGAAAUAUUCAUACUUUUCUCUUUUUUUGGAAUUUUUUUCCAGAAAAAUGAAAAUAGGAUCUCAAAAAUCAAAAACCAUGCAAUUUAUCUAUUUUGAUAAUUUUUAUCUUAGGGAUUAAUGGCAGAAAAAGGCGGAGCAGCGAGGAAAAAAGAUUUGUAGUCAUGACAAAAUAUGAAAGGAGAAACUGAAACAGCAAACAUUUUGGCGCGAAAAAACAUUGAUUUUUUGUUUGAAUUUUUUUUGGAAAAAAAAUCUUGAUUUUCGAAAUAUUAUUUUGACAUUUUUUCUAACCGUCCUUAAAUUAACUUUUUCUGGGAGAAUUUUUUUCUUAAUAAAAUUCAUUUCAGAAUAAAUAUUUUUAGGUUUAAAAAUCCCUGUGUAAUCUUUUUUCUAGUAACCUUUUGAAAAAAUUAUGUGUUUUACUCUCCUUUUUUGUAGCCUAUAAUCAACUGAUGUACUUUUUAUUUUUUUUCGAAAAAAAAUUAUUGAUUUUGAAAACAAUAAUCCUGAAAUUAAUUUUUUUCACUUUUGAAUAUCAAUUUUUGGGAAUCUCAAUUUCCCUUCCCAGAAUUACUUCUAAAAAGUCUAGUAACCUUUUUCCAAAAAAUAUCAUGUGAUUUACUCUCAAAUAUUCCAUAGCUUAUCAACUUCCUUGUUUAUUUUUUCUUUAGUUUUUCUCUGUCUCUCUCAUUUUCCCACACUAUCUAAUCUUCCUGACUCACGGCAUUUUACAAAUCUCUCAAAAUCCCCUUCUUAUCAGUUUUCUAAAUUUGACAGAAAACAUUUGUUUUAUCUGCAAAUCUGAAAAAUUAUUUUUCUUAGUUACGCCAUCAAUUUUUGCUGAAAAUUUGUUUCUGAAUUUUCGAGAUUUUCGUGACUUUAUUUCUCUAUUUUCCUAGCUAAUUAUGCCACCAAUUUCGGACGAACAUUGGGUUUUUGAGGAAUAUGUUCCUGUCAGGUAAAAUACAAAAAAAAACUAAUUUUUUCCCCAAAAAAGUAAAAGUAAAGACAAGGAAAUGAGAUGAGAAAAAACACAGAAAACUCAUCAAUUUUUCUCAUUUUCGCUCAAGAAAAUCAACUUUAACGUUAACUUUACUUUUCCUUUUCUCCUUCCAUUUUUUCGGCCUGCAAAAAAUGCAGAAAUGAUUUUCCCAUCAGUUCCAAAACAUUCAAACUAUGAUGUCAAGCAUGAUAUUUUAAGGUAUAGCCAAAAUUUCCCAAAAAAGUCCAAUCAAUUUUGCGCAAAGAAUUUCAAAUUCAAUUUAUUUUCAGUCUAACCGGAUUAAUUGUGCUCACAAUUGUGCUCACAGCUGUUAUCGUGAUUUUUUUCGGAUGUUAUUUGAUUAUGCGAUUUAUGCAUCGCGCUCUAUCAAGAGAUGAUUCGAAGGAUGUUAUGAGUAAGCGGAUAAUUUUUGAAGAACAAACACACACUACAUUUAAAAGCUUGAAAUAAGUUUAAUUUUUAAAAAUUUCCUAGAAAUCGUUUCAAGUAGCUAUUGACAUUGAGAUAAUCUAAAUUCUGAAUAUUGUUUGAUUUAAAAAAAGUCAAUGUUAAAAAUCAGAGAUAUUUCGUUCGAUUAACAAUAUCUGUAAAUUUUGAAACGUAUUUUAAUGAGUUUUUUUUUAUUUCUAGAAAAAUUUUUUUUUAUUAUCUCCGAUAUAAUUAUAGCAAAGAUGCCUCUAGAAACAAAUAUAUUUCUUUUUUGGCCAUUUCUGAUCCGAGUUUUCAUUUUUAAUAAAAAUUCAAAUCGUUUUUUGCAGGAUCAAAUAACCCUUAUAACAAUGUUGUUAUGCAUUCAAAAAGAGUUUACGAAAUUCAAGCUGAAGAAGGAUGUUUUGCCGGACCACCAGAUCCAUUAGAUCCAAGUGAUAUUGAGUGAGUUUUUCUAAUAGGGUGAAAUUUUUAAAUGGAUUUCAAUAAUUAAAAAAACUCGAAAUGUGACCCCCAGAGUGUUUAGAAAUAAUUUAUAAAUUUUCAUAAAUUAAUCUGGAACCCUCUUUUUUUGAAAAAUAUUGGUUCUUGGUUUGAGAUUUAUAAAUAAAUUUCUCACAUUUAUUCAGUUUUUAUACUUAGAAUUGGAAAUUUCAAUCGGAAAUUCUGACGAAAAAUAUGUUUCAACAAAGAUCUCAUUUUCUGAAUUCCAGAUUGACUCAAAAAAUUAUCCAAAAAAAUUUGAGAAAAAUAACAUCGAAAAAUGUCAUGAAACAAAAUUGAGCCCAAAACUGAACUUUGUAAUCCUGAUUAUUUUUCAGAAUCAUAUUUUGAAGCUGGUGGGCGAUUAUUUUCAGGAAAAAAAAUUGUGGAUGAUGAUGAUGAUAUUUUGGAAUUUAUUAUUUAGGGAAAUCAAAUUAUUUUUAUCAAUUAAAAAUGUCUUUAAUUUCCCACGCACAUCUUUUUUAAUAAAAAAAAGUUUUAAUUCCAGCGAUGAAGCUGAAAAAGAGCCAUCAACCUCACAAAAUUCAUCAUAUUAUAUCGAAGAUAUGCCAGCUGAAGAUAAUAAAGUGAAAAAACCAGAAAGUGGAGAUUUGAAAGCAAUGAGAAGUUCGGAAGGUGCAUUCAAUGAUGAUCCACGAGCAAUGUUGAGAAAAAAACAAAAAGUGCACAAAGAUUCGGUUUGCGCGUUUUUGUUCAAACCUGAACCUGAACCUAAAAUGGUGUAA